AUGCGGAACUUCUCAAAUGGGAUCUCAGGCAGCAUCAAAUUCUUCCCUCUCGCCGUGUACCGGUCAGGUAAUUGGGGCUCAUCGGAUAGUAUUUCGAUGAAGCUCCGAUGUGGGUAUAGAGUUGGGUACCGACUUGACUCAGAGGGCGGUGGCGAGGAGGCGGCGAGCGGCGGAGAUCAGGGUUGGGGAGGCGCGUUCGGUCUUCUUGGCGGCGAUGAAGCGGGUUUUGAAAACGCCACCGGGUGGGUUGAUUUUGGAUUUAGGGUCGGCGUGAAUGUAGAUGUUGUAAUAGUCUUUGUGGCCUUUGAAGAAGAGUUCCCAGAGUGGUGCGAAGUGGAGGUCUGUAUUGGUGAGGAAGAGGAACGCGAUUUUGGGCUUUGGGUUGGUGGUGCUAAGGCGAGAGAUCGAGCCUGGAGGGUGGAGAGAGGCGAGUGUGGCUCGGCGGAAGAGCGCGAGGUCGUCGAGUUCGUCCGGUAG